UCGCACGGGGAGCGCAGAGCGGAGCAGCCGCAUACACACCGAGCGCCAGGCGGACGUGGCCCGGCUCGCGAUACGAAGCGCGUCAGUGUCAGUGUGCGAGCGUGUCAGUGUGUCAGUGUGCGAGAGCGUGUCAGAGUCAGUGUGUCAGCGUGUCCAGCGCAAUUGUGUGCCAGUGAGUGCCCCAGUGAGAGUGCGCCAGUCAGUGGAUCAGUGCGCCAAGGCCUUGUCUGGUGGCCCCAGCGGCCCAGUCAGUGCACUCCCCUCAGCCCAAACUCUUCGAUCAACGACAAGGAUUACCCAUCUGAACGGAUAACCACCUGGAGCAGCACUGGAAGGAGGGCACCGCGAUGCCAGAUCUCGCCGGCUGGAGGCCUUCACUAGAGCCCCUGGAGGGGCAGCUCGGGGGCGGCGCGCUGAGGCCGGCGGCGGCGGCUGCGGCGGCGGCUGCGGCGCGGCCGUGGGGCGGCGGGCGGCCAUGAGGCUGCUGGUCGCGCUGCUGCUGCUGGGGGCGGCGCGGGCGGCCGGGGGCGGGGCGUCGUCAGGGGCCGCAGCCGGGGGGCCCAGCGGGGUCCACAACGCCCCGCUGCAGCUGCCCACCUUCCAGAUGCCGCACGGCCGGAGCCUGUGCGACCUGCGCGCCGGCCAGGGGCCGCGGCCGCUCUGCGACUGCGACCUCGCGUGGGGCCGCAUCAACUGCUCCUGCCCGCCGCACUACCAGGAGGAGGUCGUGCUCCGGUCCCGGGGCUCGGCGCACCUGCCGCCCAACGCGCGGGAGGUGACGGUGCAGGGCUGCGCGCGGGUGCGCGUGCCGCAGGCGGCCUUCGCGGACCUGCCCGAGCUGCGGCGCGUCACCAUCGCGGGCGUCGGCCAGCUGCGCGUCGAGUCGUACGGCUUCAGCUGGAACGAGAGCACGGCGUCGGUGCUGCCGAGCGAGGUGCUGCCCGUGGGGCCGGCCGGCGGCGUGCACGUCAACAUCACCAACACCACCGUCCCGGAGCUGCCCAGCUUCGCGUUCCUCGGCCGGCUCGAGUCGGUGGCGCUCGUCGGCGUGCGCGUGGGCGCCGUGCGCGCCUUCGCCUUCGCCAGCCUGCGCUCGCUGCAGCGGCUCUCGUUUGAGCGCUGCGACCUGGACCAGAUCGAGUCGCAGGCCUUCAAGAAGUUCUCCGUGGACCAGCUGGUGCUGCGCGGCGGGCGGGUGCGCAGCGCGUUGCCCAGCCGAGCCUUCCAGGAUCUUGACGUGCGAAGCGAGCUGACGGUGGACGGCGUGCAGUUCGACGCGGUGCACAGCGCCGCCUUCAACGUCCGCGGGCCGACGGGGCCGCGGCGGGUCACCAUCACGCAGAACGUCAUCAGCUUGCUGAGGGGGGAGGCCUUCUCCGUCGUGGCGCACGGCCCGGUGAUCGUCAACAACAACCGGCUCGGGCGCGUGGAGACGGGCGCGCUGCUCGCCAUCACCGUGGACUGGUUCACGGCGGUCAACAGCGGACCGCAGGUGCUGCGCUUCGAGAACAACACGAUAUCGGCGUUCGAGGACGGCGCCGUCAUGUUCAACACGACCGGGAUGGACGUGCGCGUGUCGCGCGUGCUGCUCGACAUGGCGUGCGACUGCGCCGUGCUGGACUCGUGGGGCCGCGACCUCCUCAACGUGCCGCGGUACCCGGCACCGCCGCUGCUGCCCGCCGUCGCGCCCGACACGCUGUUCUGCCGGGUGGACCGGCUGGCGCGGGUGCGGGGCGCGACGCCGGGCGCGUACGCCACCGUGGCCGACUACAAGACCAACAGCUGCGGCUUCUUCUCCUUCAACCUGGACGUGCUCAUCAUCGUAGCCCUGGCGCUCGGCGUGGCCUUCCUGGCCGUGCUCGUGCUCGCCGUCAUCUGCUGCCGGCGCCGGCGCCGGCGGAGGCGCCGCUGGGCGGCCAAGGGCGCCGGCAGCAACGGCACCAACGGCAGCCGCACGCCCACCGUCAUCCGGGACAUGGACAUCUCGGACGACAAGGAGGUGCAGGAGGCGCUGCGGCGCAAGGGCAGCCGGCCGGGGAUGCAGUUCAAGCGCGUCAUCCAGCCCGAGGAGGAGCACCGCAUGCUCAAGGGGCCCGGGCCCGGGCCCUUCACGCUCGUCGUCCCCGACGGCAGGGUGUACCGCGAGACGGAGCUCCACGUCAUCGUGGAGCGGGCCGAGCCGCUGCGGGAGCUGCGCGAGCGAGAGCCCAUCCAGGAGCCCGGCGGAUGACCCCGCGCCGCCCCCGGUCCCGUCCACGCCCCUGGCAACGGCCUCGUACUGGGCCUCAACGGGGUGGGCAUCGGGUCGCUGGGGCGGACGGGGGUCAGGGGCCUCGGGGGCCUCGGGCUCACGGACUACACGGGCAACGGCACGCUCGGGGGGCGGGGGCCUCGCGGAGGUCACGGGGCCGGGCACGGGGGCGGCGUCAACGGCGGGAUGAUCGGCGGCGACCGCUACCGGACCAUCGUCGGGUACGGGAGAGAGCCGUGAUCCUGAUCCGUAGCUGUCGCACGUCCCACACCCCUAUCGCCGACGAGUAUUCGUUCCUUCACUGUGAUGCCCACAAGCCUAGUGAUGAGAGCCAAAUAACACUAGCACAUCAUUCCAAAGUAUUAAAUAAUUUUUCUAGGUUUUAAGAUAAUGAUAAUGAAAAGGCCUGUGAACUCAGCCGACUUGUGAUGCAAAUAAGAAAUGACUGUCCCUAGAGCGUGACAACAGAUGCCUUAUUAUCAAAAACUUGUAAGUCAAUUCAUGGCUUGAAUGACGCUUUCGGGUUGUAAAAUAAAUUGAAGUUAUUUUUUAAAAUCUAAAUAAACCUAACUUGGCACAAAUAAUUGCUACCUUCAUUCCAAAAUUUAAAUAAACAUUUUUUUAUGAGAGAAACAAGAAUACAGUAUGAUUGGACUAAGCUUUGUAAAAUAAUUGUAAAUUGUACUAGAAGCUUUUGAUAAUAAUGUGUACAUAGUACAGGGAAUUUUUUUACUUCAAAUGAUUUAUCUAGAGAGAUUUUAAAGAAUUUGUUGAGGCCAAAUGAUGAUUCAGUAUUUUGCACUCAAAUAUUCAGUCGGAAAGUGUGCCAUAUGAAAAUUAAAAAUUUAAUUCCUCCUGAAUUCACAAAGCUUUAAAAAUGUAGUCAUUUGUGAUUCAAGUCAGAGGAGGAAUAUGACUGUUACAAGCAAAAUAAUAUGUAAGAUCUUUUAAGUCUUUGAAUAAGAAUUCAAUAGAAUAAGAAUUGAUCAUAAGUGCCCACUUCUAGUGUGCUGUGAUAGUUUGACUAGACAAAGUUAGAUGCAUAUCACAUAUCCAUAGCCAAAGGUUGUGAGUUGGGGCUACAAAUAAAAAUUGAAAACAGCAAUCAAAAUUAUUUUGACUCAAACUGGAAUCAAGAGCUUUCAUUCUUCAGCUAGCACAGAUUUUCCAAAGCUUUUGAAUUGACUGUCCUUAGCAUACAAGGAUUUAAUCUGAGCUAAUACAAAUAUUCCACAUAGCAACAUUCCUUACCAUUUUUACAUGUAAGUACUUCUUUUUCCUCUGAACUAUUUGAAAAAGAAAUAAAUAAUCCCUAUGGAACUUGUAUGUUUAAAUUUUAUAAAGAGUCACUUGUCCUAUCUUUCAUAAAUCUAAGUCUAAGAGUGAAUGCAUAUUUAUACCACCAUUUUAAGGCCAUAUUAGUAUAAGAAACCAACUAAAAUAAGACUUUCAGGGUUAAAUGUAAAAUUGUCAUCACUAUGGCAUAUAAAAAAGGCUAAAGAUUAUGUUUUUCUUCUUCAAUUAAUUUAAAUACUGUAUUUGACUUUCUUUUCAAUCAAUCUAAUGUUUUGCACCAUCCCAUUUUUUUUAUUUUUUAUUUUUUUGAAGGAACAGACCAAAGUAAUUUGAGGCCAUACCUAAAUUCCGCAUGUCUACUAUGGCAAGAUCAGUAUUAAUUCAUGUAUGUUUACCACGUACCAUUGUACAAUACAUGCGUAUUAUUCUGUAGACCUUAAACAUUCUGUUAAGUUUGUACAUUUUAUAAAGAACUGAACACAAUAAAGACAUGCCAUGAAUCAG